CAGAGCGUACCAAUAUGGCUGCAGCCAUCCUACAGCUGAUUUGUGUUGCGGCAGACUCCGAGCAAUCAAAUCUUGUAUAUCUGUAAGCAUAAUUUUAUAUUAGUUAUUUCGAAGUUCAAGAAUUAAAUGUCUUUGUUGGUGAUUAUAUCCGAAAGAUAAUUAUGCGAUAAGGAUAUCCAUGUAUGCAAGCAAAUAUUGAUCACAUUCGCGCUUCAAUUGAAAGUUUACCUCUGUAUUUUGUAAAUAUUUUUGUGCUGGAUCCGAAAGAAAUCCGGGAUAUACAGAGCUCAUCGAAAGAUAUUCGCAAUGACUGAUGCAGAGAAACUCUUCGCUUGUUCCACAUCAGGCUGCAAUAUGAGUUUUACAAAUGAAGAUCAAUUGACAUUACAUAAAAAGAAGCAUGAUAUGAUGCUUAAUCUUGGCAACAAUUCCAAGAGUGCUGGCUUUGUUGCAGAUCAAACUCCAACGCCGACGAGGUUUUUCAAAAAUUGUGAGGAGGUUGGUUUAUUUCAAGAUCUUCAAGUCAAUCCUUUCGAGGAGACGUUUCGAAGAGCUGUUGAGGCUGGAAACACUGGCACACUUACGGUACCAGAGGCUGGAAUUGUAGAUGAUACACUGCAUACACCGCAUAUUUUUCCUUAUAUAUCAGAUGUGUUACCUGCGAGUCAAAUCCUUUCUGAAAGCAACGUUGAAGAUUGUCCUUCGACUGUAUCUCUUAGCGAAAAAAGUACAGAGGAGGCUAUUAAAUCGAACGAAUGUAGGAGUAUUAAAAUAAGUACAAACGAGACGCAGGAAUUGACGAAAGACGCAAAUAUUACGUCUACAAAAAAUAAUAUUCUCGCACCAAGCAUUAUUGUCUCGGAUACAAAUACACCCAUAGCGCCUAAACUUUCGCCGACGCAACUUUCAUCGCAUUUGUCUAUCAAUGGUGAGGAGGUGCAAUUGCUACUGAAAACGGCGGAUGGUAAAUUGAUGCAGCUCUCUGCGAUGCCAGUGUCUGAGUCUUCCAAUGUGGCUAAUGUUAACAACGUCAAACAGCAAACCGUCGUUAUCAAAACCGAACCAGCUCUGCGAUGCGUAGUGAAGUCGGAAUCCAAGAAAACUGUAAUCUCCAGAUUAUCCUUAGCGAAAAUGAAGCUGAAACAAACCUUAUCUAAGAACUCACAGAAUCAAAAAGCGGUAGAAGAAAGCGCGAAAAUGAACGAUAUGUCGAAGAAAGAAAAUGUCAAGAAAACAGUCGAUCAACUUAAGAAGAAAGAUAUUCUUGAGCGCAAUCGUGCCAGUUCUAUGCGCGCGCGGGCUAAGAGGAAAGCAUGGAUCCAAGACCUUCAGAGAACAGUCACUAACGUGAACGAGGCGAAUGCAGCCUUGCAAAUGGAAGUAAAGGCUCUACGCUCGGAAGUUGCGAAGCUGAAGACCCUUUUGUUGGCGCACAAAGAUUGUCCGGUCACAAAAGCGAUGCAGAAAGGAAGCGGGAUAUUCCUUGGACCAAAAAUAAUAUCAAUUAAUAAUCCGGACGUGUUGACGAUGCCGAUAUCAGCCAACAGUAUUCCUGUGAAACGAUCUUACCCGGAGACCCCGAACACGCCGGUGAAGAAAUCGACUGUGUCAGUCACGAAGAAUCCCAUCAUCUUUCCGAAGGUUGAUUGCGGCGCCGCAAAUAUCACACUUCCGAAUACAACAAUCAUAAAAAGCUUGCCAACACUGAAGAUCGUAGGUGUUAAUCAGUUUUUGCCGGAGGCAACGAAGCCCGAAGAAACGAAGCAAAUACUUAUCGUGCAAAAUCAGUCGAGAAAAUUAUGCGAGGCUAGGCAAGUCAUUCAAAUUAAUCCGAAUUACGAGGUGGAACAUGCAGCGUCUAAAAGUACGGGAACGUAACUAAUCGCUUUCGAAAACGCUCGCGCGUUUGUAAUUGAUGAAGCUUAUCUGCGAUUACCGAAUAUCAUAUAGUCGAAUGAAUCGAUUCUAUGAUUUGUGCAAUGUAUUAUAUACUAUUGCGGAUUAGUUAAAAUGGCGUUUAUGGAAAAUUUUAAUUUUAUACGUUUUUAAUAUUUCUUUUAUUUCCAAAAUAAGACAACUGCAUAAGUCUUAUCAGAUUUUGAGCGCCAAAUAACUUGGAGGAAUUACAUAAUUUUUUAAUGUAAAGAUAGACCGAUGUAACAGAUUUAUUCUUAAUAUAAAUAUUAUAGAGAAAAAAAAUAUAUAUACAUAUAUAUAUAUAUAUGUUAUAGAGGAAUAUAAAGUGAUAUAGGAAUUACCAGAUUUUUGUAUUA